UUUUGAUAUUGGUAUGCUAUCCUUUGAGUUGAUGUAGGAAGACAGUUGAUGUGUACUUUGUGGCAUAGUAGUUUUAGGAUUUUUGUUGUAUACAAAUACUGGGGGAGAUACCAUAAUCUGCUGUAGAGAUUGUAAUUUCAAUGAAUUCUAAGUCUAUCAAACACCCAAAUUGGGUUUAGGAUUUAGGUUCAAGGCUUAGGCCCAAUAAUAAUUUUGGUAGUAAUCGCUACAAAUUAAUAAAAAGAUUAAGAAAAAUAAAUGAAGCUGUGCAUGGGAGACAUGAGAACAUAUUCUUGGAAAUGCUAGCCAUUUUUAUUCUGUAAUCGUUUUCAACUAGGACAUAAUUAAUAGAACGAAAUUAAUUAGAAUAUACUGGGAUUUUUUGUUUUCAACAUGACCGCCUAGGUUCUUUAAAUUUUCCUUUAAAUUUUGUUUUAGUUUUACUAAAAAUGCUUAGCAUAAGUGGAGUGUACGUACUUUAAUAGUACGCAUUGGAUAAUAUAAAAUAAACCCUAGUACUAGUAUAUAUUUUUCUUAACCUAAUAACCGUCUGGAUUCAUGAAGCAUCUAGUUUGAUGAUAUGUUGACAUUCUAAUAAUGGCAUAAUCUUCUAAACGAUGAUUACUAUAAGACAGAUAAGGGAAAUAUACAGCGAUUGACACUGUUGAACAGCUACAGUUGUGUCUUUAAUUGGUUUUAGCAAUAAAACAAAUUAAUGUUUUUCAAUUUUUUAUUUUUCUGGUUUCAGGAAUUAUUAAUGCCGUCCCUUUUAUACUUAUCAGCUUAUGAAUCCUGUACAAGACAACAAAAUUUUCAAGAGAUUGUGUACAUUCUGUUGCCCGGUCAAUACAGAAUCUUGUGGCUAAAGAUUCAAAGAAUUUCCAUUUGGAUCUGUCUGUUAAUAUCUCUUCGAUAGUAUCAAUGAGUCUUGUUUGUUUGUUUGAUCAGCAUUCAGCAAUUGAGUUCUCUAGAUUAUUGUAGUAUACUAUUCUUUUUCUUGUUAGUAUGGUUAACGAAGCCCUUAUUUUGUCUCAUUCAGCAGUUUAUAACACUAUCUAGAUAUUAUAUAUCCAACUGUUGAAUUACUAUUCAAACAAAAUGGAGCUCAACUUUUCUAAUGUAUGGCCUUUUGCACUGAUAUUGACAUUGUUAGUUGCUAUGGGCAGCUUUGCAGGCAUUUCACUUUAAUUUCUCUCUCUUUUUUUUUUUUUUCUUCUUUAGUUUUUAGUUUUUAUAUGUUACGUAUGGAAGUAAUAGUUAAGAUUAGUCUUGAUGAGUUUUUGUUUUGGUUUGCAGAUUGUUAUGACCCUUUGGACCCCAAUGGAAAUAUUUCUGUUACUUUCGACGUUAAUCAGUGGACGGAUACUGGCUAUGUGAUGAUUUUGAAUUUUAAUGGCAGGCAAGAGUUACGAUUCAAAACUAUUAUCAGUAUCGCCACGUGGAUGAACCUGGCUGGAAAAUAGGGUGGACAUGGGCUCAGAAGGAGAUUAUCUUGUCAAUGUCUGGUGCUUUUGCCACCGAGCAAGGGAACUGCACUGGAUACAGAAUCAAUGCACACUGUUGCAAGAAAGACCCUGUCAUUGUAGAUCUCAUGCCAGAUGCCCCGUGGGAAAACAUGACUGAGGGCUGCUGCCGCGGAGGCCUUGUUUCUGCCUAUGCUAUCAAUCCUGCUAAGUCAUUCUCAUCCUUCGAAAUCACGGUUGGUAACUUGGGUAGCAAGUCCUCUGAACAAGCACCCCAAAAUCUCACUCUAUUGGCACCAGGUCCUGGUUACACAUGUGGCUUACUUGAGGAUGCUGAUCCCACAGUUUCUUCAGCUAUAGGGGGCAGAAGACAGGUUCAAGUUUUCAAAACAUGGAAAUCAACAUGCACUUACUCUACUUUCUUGGCUAACAAAGCACCAGUCUGUUGUGUUUCACUCUCAACAUUUUACAAUCCCACCAUCACACCAUGCCGUAAGUGCAGCUGUGGAUGCAGAGAAGCUGACCAAACAGCGGUCUCAUGCAUAAGACAAGGUUUGCCGUUAUCACAAUCAAAUUUUGUGAAUAGUCUAGACAUUGUGCAAUGCACCGAUCAUAUGUGCCCAAUUCGAGUUCAUUGGCAUGUGAAGAACAAUUACAUGGACCAUUGGAGAGUGAAACUAACAGUAUCUAACUACAAUUACAAGAGAAACUACUCAGACUGGAAUGUGGUUGUUCAGCAUCCUGGUUUCAGCCAGAAAGCAACUACAUAUAGCUUCAACAGCUCCGUGCUUCCCUCUGUAGGAUUUGCAGAUGAAGUUGCUAUGUUUUGGGGAAUAAAGUAUGUUAAUGAAGAACUGUUGAAUGCUGGUAAUGAUGAAGUGGGUUCAGUGAGCACAGAGAUACUUCUGGAAAAGGACUUGAAAACAUUCACAUAUAGAAAUGGAUGGGGUUUUCCUAGAAAAUUAUACUUCAAUGGAGAAGAAUGUGAGAUGCCUCUUCCAGACACAUUCCCAAUGCUACCAAAUGCCUCCUCAUCAAAUCCUCAACCCACUAAUUGUUUGCUCCUCUUUCUCUUUCUAAUAUAUCUCACUCUCAGCCCUGCUGCUUCCUAAGGCAUAUAUAUUUUUUCAGCCAUUCCAUUGUUGCCUGGUUUUGUGUUGAUUGAUUAAAGAAUUUAAUUGUACUUGUACAUGGUUGCU